AGUAGACCAAGAGUCUCAAGACGUCUCACCAGCAUCACAACGCACUGGAGACCUCGUGCAGCCCCCCAUUAAACAAUGUACCUGUUCAAAUAUCUGGCGCUCGCCGCGCUUUCCCUGGCCACGGUCUCGGCCAGAAAGGCCUCGACGACCAAGUUCGACACCUACUUCUCCAAGCAGGCCAGCUCAGCACCGUUCGAACUCGACGAGAAAGGUUACAAUGAGCUGACGACCGCACCACGAGACUAUUCUCUCGCCGUCCUACUCACGGCCCGCGACGCGAGAUACGCGUGCGGACUGUGCAAGGAAUUCGACCCGGAAUGGAACAUCUUGGGCCGCAGCUGGCAGAAGGGGGACAAACACGGAGACCACAGACUGCUCUUGAGCACCGUGGAUUUUGACAAUGGGAGAAACAUUUUCAUGAAGCUUCAACUACAAACUGCACCGGUCCUCCUCUUCUUCCCACCUACCGUUGGCCCCAAUGCCAAACCAGAUUCUCAACCUCUACGACUCGACUUCCUCGGCCCUCAGACUGCAGAAGGUGUUCACAAUUGGUUACUACGACACCUCCCGGCGGGAGGACAAUACCCCACGAUCAGCAGGCCGAUCAACUACACCAGGAUCGCCGUCACGGUGACCCUCCUUCUCGGAGCCUUCACUUUCCUCACGGUGGCGUACCCCUACGUCUUGCCGGUCAUACAAAACCGCAACCUGUGGGCCGGCAUAAGUUUGAUCUUGAUCUUGCUCUUCACGAGUGGCCACAUGUUCAACCACAUCCGAAGGGUUCCCUAUGUCGCCGGGAACGGACGCGGGGGCAUCAGUUAUUUCGCAGGUGGUUUUCAGAACCAAUACGGGAUGGAGACGCAAGUUGUCGCUGCGAUGUACGCCAUACUCGCAUUCGCCGCCAUCAAUCUCGCUUUGAGGGUUCCACGGAUCAAGGAUGCUCGUACCCAACAACUUGCAGUCAUUAUCUGGGCCACCGUCGUUUUCGGCAUGUACAGCUUCUUGAUGAGCGUAUUCAGGAUCAAGAACGGUGGUUACCCCUUCUGGCUGCCACCUUUUUAGAUUCGUUCUAGAUUCUUCAUUGUUAAGAGUCAUCGAGGAUUUGAUUUUGUACACUACACCAUAGAAAAAAGCACCUCGUUCUGCAAUAGGGGAGCGAUCACGAGUAGAACACAGGGAGAGCCAAUAGUAUGAGUAACCUACACAAGGAGCAAAAUAUGAACUUGAAAUGGGAGGCCUUUUGCGUUAACGUAAACUUUACACCGUGACUGAUAUCGAGUCGCAUCACCACCAUCCCUGGUUGAGAUCAGUCAACCUUUCUCCUCGACAUGCGAACUUCCAAGCCCGACU